AUGGUGCAAGAUCCCGCCCACGCGAUCAAGGAUGCCAACUUCCCCGUCGACGCUUACGGGGCGACCUACCAUGUCGGCAUUCGACCGGGCCAAAUCGCCAACCGGAUCCUCACCGUCGGUGACCCCGCUCGGCUAGCCAAGAUCGCUAACCUCUUUGACUCCUCACCAAAACCCUUUCAGUUGACUUCGAGAAGAGGUUUCGUCACUCUGACGGGAAGGUAUCGAGGCGUUCCUGUGAGCGUGAUGGCGAUUGGGAUGGGUAUCGCGAAUAUGGAUUUCUUCGUUAGGGAAGCCCGAGCUGUCGUUGAAGGGGAUCUAGCGAUCAUCCGAUUGGGCAGUUGUGGGACGCUCGAUGAUGAGAUUUUGAAAGUGGGCGAUGUCAAUGUUCCGGAACGAGCGUUGAGCGUGACGACCGAUUACGACUAUUGGCAUCGGGGUGAGAGGGGACGGAGUACGGGCUUCGUCAAUCAGGACGUCGCGGGGUCAAGAUCUUCCGCGUAUCGUAUCUCCCAGCCUGUGGCCGCUGAUCAGGAACUGAGGCAAAAAGUGAGCUCCGAAUCAGACUCUCCUACGAUUCAGCGAUCUUUGCUGAUACCGAAAUGUUCCGGCCCGAUUCCGCAGUUGAUCGACUCACUUCGAGAAAGCCUCUCAGGGCCAGAGGAUCAAGGUCGACUCGUUCCUACCGAUUUGCACGCUUCGGCGGAUGGUUUCUGUCAGUGCUCACCUUACUGAGUUUUAACUCUUAAUUAAUACAAACUGACAUGAUCAAACAGACGCAAGUCAAGGCCGGAGCGACCCCAACUUUGACGAUGCGAACGAACAUUUGAUCGCGGAUCUGGCGAGCAAGCGGAUCGGCGUGCAGUCGCUCGAAGUCAGUCCUUGCCAACUUUGUUAAUAUUGUCCGUCCAACUACGAAGACUUACUUAUUGAUUUUUUUUUCCUUUUACGCUACCAGAUGGAGACGGCACAUCUGUUAGUUCGUUCGCUGCUCAGUAGCUCCUAUUCCCCUUUGCCCCCUUUCGACUCGCUUUCACCACUGAAGCCUUCACCCUCUCUCUCAUCCAGUUUCCACCUCGCCCAUAUCGCAACCUCAAAGAAAGGCAAAAUUCACGUCGCAGCGUCGCAUAUGAUUUUCACGGGUCGGACAGGGCAGAGUGCCGGAGCGUUCAUCGAUGGUGAUUUGGUGGAGAGGCUCGAACCGAUCACUGGGCGAGCGGCGUUGGAAGCUUUGAUUGCUUUUGAAAUCAAGGUCCGUCGUCCACGGGCACGGAUAGUUUGUUAUCGUCCUGUGUUGAAUGCUCGUCGGGCGCAUUGAGAAGCUGAUACUUCUUUACUUGGUGAGUCAACAGGAGCCUCACCCCGUGAAGAAUUCGGUGUGGCAGAUGGAGUCCGCUCGCGGCAACGGCUGGGGUGUAGAAUAA